AUGGAAGCAGAACAAGAGGAAACUAUAGCAGAGAACAACAUCUUUUGUAUAUCCCAAAAUUCUCUACCAGAAAUCCAAACAUCACGGUCGUCAGAAUCAGGACAUGUGUCCACUACAUCCUCUCAAGUGUUAGAUCUGAGAGACUCCCCACUUGACAGUGUACAUUUAGACACUUCAAGGACUUCUUUCAUCGUAGCAACUGCUUAUUGUCAGUCACAUAAAAAUGGCUGUGAGCAUUUAUCAGUGGACUCUUGUAAAACAGCUUCUAAACAAGACGGUACAUCUCAGAAUUUAGAGGUGUUUGAUUUGUAUCAUUCAGAACACAGACCGGAUAAAAACAGUGUCCUUGCAGUUGAGGUUUUAUCUUCUGGGCACCACACUACUGACUGUGGACGUAAGAAAUCUACUGGGUCAACUUCACGCGGGCAGACACCAACACCUGGCCAUGAAAUCAAGCAAUGUGGAUUUAGAAUAGAUGCCAGGUUGUCUUCUGAUGUAGAAACAGGUAUUGAGCAAGAAGCAGCUCAGGGGACACAGUACUUGUUGCCUGAAACCUCUGGAUUUGUGAGCACCUUACAGGGAGUUACUCGUGAACUGAAGAGAGGCAGAGGACGGCCUCGUAAAGAAGGAUUGCUUCUUCGCACUAAUAGGUCUAGUGACUUAGACAAGAAUACAAGUCGUCACUUAAGCAGCAGAGGACAUAAAAAAGUUGGUCGCCCUGUUGUAAGGGGUUGUCGAGGUGGCAGACGGGGAAGGCCACCGUACCUUCAUGUAGGCCUGGCAUGUGUGGCUUCGUCUCCAUCAUCUGAGGGAGAUUUCUCCAAUCCUUUACUGUCACCUGCAGACUUUGCUCAGGCGGCCUCUGCCACCAAGCCUGACAUCCUUCUGCCACGUGGAAUGGCGGAUUUCUCAAGGCAGUCUUCUGUAACAUCAACAUCUGGUGCCUCUGAUGCACCAGGUGGAGUGUCUGCAUCACCUGGAUACAUGGCACAUUCCAGCAGCAUGCCUGGCACACCUACAGAUGUUUCCCCAACACCAGAAUCACAAAAUUCUGGACAUCUGUGCGCCCUUUGUAACUGUGGAGAGAGGAGCUUGCUGGGCCAGGGUGACAUACUGAGGUUCGAACCCAGUGAAGGGUUUGAUGUUUUCAAACUGUUAGAACCGAAAACACUACGAGAAGCAGAUGAAGUCGAUACACUUGGUAAAAGCAAAGGGCCACCGCCGCCAACAUGGAGGAGAUCAAGAGGACCUUUGAAGACAGGAAGAGAACGUAGUCGAUCUCCUCGGCAGUCUGGGGAAAAAGAAUCCAGUGGUUGUCCAGUUAGUGAUGAAUUAUCCUUGGUCGGUUUCUCCGAUGAUACAGAAAUCUCCCAGCUGUUUGAAUCUUCUGGCCAUGUGUGGGUUCACCAUUGUUGUGCAUUGUGGUCAGAGGAGGUGACCAUGGGAGAAUCCAAUCAACUGACCCUUGUGGAUAAAGCAGUUUACAGUGGCAUGUCUCAAAGAUGUGCUCACUGUCGGAAGUUUGGAGCUACAGUUGCUUGCUGUAUACCGGAAUGUGGAAAGAGGUUCCAUUUCCCUUGUGCAUCAGCUGGGGGAUGUUUUCAGGAUAUGAAAACAUUGUCAUUACUCUGCGCUGAGCACAUAGAUCAAGCUGAAGCAGUCGCUGGUAAUGCUGCCUGCUGUAUACAGUGCGGGCUGGUGGGAAACCUCAAAGAGCAGCUCUUUUGUACCAGUUGUGGUCAUCAUUACCAUGGUAACUGCCUGUGUCCGCCUGUUGACAUGAAGCCUAUAGUCAGGGCAGGUUGGCAGUGUCCAAACUGCAAAAUUUGUCAGACGUGUCGAACUGCUGGGGAGGACAGUAAAAUGCUGGUAUGUGACAAGUGUGAUAAGGGUUAUCAUACAUUCUGCCUCAAGCCAGUCAUGACCACAAUCCCAAAGAAUGGGUGGAAGUGUAAGAAUUGUAGAAUAUGUACCGACUGUGGGUCUAGAACACCUGGAAGUGGGCCGUCCUCCAGGUGGCAUCUAAAUUAUUCAGUGUGCGACUCGUGCUACCAGCAGAGGAACAAAGGUCUGUGCUGUCCGCUGUGUGGCAAGGCCUACCGGCAUUUUCAUAACAAGACCAUGUUGCCAUGUGGGCUUUGUAAAAAGUAUGUUCAUAUUGAAUGUGAUCAGUCCAUUAACCCCAACAGAGGAGACAAACUGAAAGACUUGCCUCAGGAUUAUAUUUGUACAGUUUGCAGGGAGACGGAUCCAGAUGCAAUGAUGGAUUUGGAUCAACAGCUGCCAGCUCUUUCUUAUGCUGCAUCAGAAGAAUCUGUGGAGAGUUUUAUGA